UAUACAUUCCUACACAUCCGGCAACAUGAAGCCAAGCGAAGUUCCUCUAUGCCGCUUAGCGCAUUUCGCUUGAAUUUUUUUGCAGCAUCGUAAAAACAUUUAAAAAUCUUUGUAUUUAAGCAACAAUAAAGUAUUUUUUUUCAUAGAAAUUAGUUUAACGUUUGUAGUUAAUAAAAAUGUGCUGUGUGUGAAAAGUGUAGAACCAAAAAUUAAUAAGUAAAAAAUGGAUGCCGUGGUUUUGCAUUCCGACAUUGCGCGUCUUGUGCUAGGCUAUUUGAAAAGACAAAAGUUAGAAGGCACAUCGCGUCUAUUUUGUAAAACUUCACCACAUCUCAAGCAUGAAUUUACGGUGUAUCGCAGCGGCUUUACGCCACACAGUUUUUGUCCCGAUUUGGAAGAUAUAAUUUGCGAAUAUGUAAAUAUUAAACAUAUUGUCGAUCGGUUUGUGUCCUCAUUGACAAGCAGUCAACGAUUUGAACUUUUUGAACUCAAGCUGCCUGAGAAAGUCAAGUUAUUGCUCGAGCGUGGAUUUGCAACAAAUUUGAAAACUCAACAAGCCGAAAAUUCGACACUUAAUAAAAAUAUUGCAGAACACCAAUCUACGACGAGCAGCAGUGUGAAUUCAGAUAAAGAGAAUACAGCUAAUAAGCAUCCGAAACAAAAAAGAAAACGUGAAUCUCUAGCAUACUCCUCCGAUGAGCGACAAAGUUCUGUCAUUUUGAACAGCAAAAAUAUAAAAAGGCGUCGCAUUUUAGAACCAUUUUGCUUUAUAAGUGCGAAACAACAAAAUUUACAACGCCAGCGGCAAGCAUUGCAAACACCAUCAACAACUGGCGAUCAAACGCAGACAGAUGAUGACAAUGACGAGGACACACUCGAUGAAGAUAGUAAUGAAGAAGAGAAUGUGCCGCAAGACAAUGAAACAGAUUUGUCACUCAUGGAAAAGCCGACCAAAGAAUCAACGCCGCACAGUAAAUCGGCUAACGGAAAGUUUUCAACGCCCUCGGUACCGGAGCUAUCACAAGCAAUAUUGGACAAUCCACAAUUUCAAAUGAAAUUGGUAGAUAAUAUUAAUCAAGCGCUCAACAACUCGAAAUGCAAUGAAACACAACCAACGGUAAGCAACGUCAAAGCAACCAAAUCAAAUAUGUCAGCUGAUGAGAUUAAUCUCUCGGAGGAACAACAAAUUAUAAGCUCUAAUGAAUUGUUGGAUCAGAUGGUUAAAGACAUUUUGAAGGCUACCGAACAGGAUCCGGCAUUCGAUGCAAUUGUCGAAAAUGUUGUUGGUGCAUCCAUACAGCCGACAAAUCUCUCAGCAGGCGUACAGUGUAAUAUCGAUACAGCUUCGGCUGCAUCACAACAACAACAACAACUAAUUAGUACUGUGUUCGAUCAACAACAAUUUGCAUUUGUGCAACAACACCAACAACAAUUAACACUACCAACUUCAUCGACGACAACAACACAACAAACAACCGAACCGACUACAGUGCCACGCACGCCUAUUAUUAUACGUACGGCUAUAUCCGCUGCCAAUACUUCAUUGAAUGGCGGUGUUGGCGAUACACAAGUGCUUUCUUCACUCACAGCAAACAACUCGUUUGGUUCCUUGAUCGAUCCGAACUUUUCGCUCUCAAAGUUGAUCGUUUUAAAUUCGAAUGAUAGUGCACAAAAACAACAACAAACUGGUGAUCAAAUCAUUGACAAUACCACUGCUGAAAAUAUAAUGAAUCAUUUGUCUAAUGUCGGUGAUGCGGCUGGGGAUGAACAGGUUUUCAUCGACGGUUCCAGUGGUCAAUUUGCAAUACCGUUACUACUGGCCGACGAGGGUCUGUUAGCAAAUUUCCCAUUUCUCAUCAACAAUGAGGGCAUAAUUCAGCAACUGCAACCGGAAAAUAUUGGUCAACUGCCACCAAACACAAUUCUUGUGGCCAGUGCACAGAAAGCAAAUCCAGCCGAAGAAAAACAGGUUGGCGGUACACUAGAGCCGUGCACCGCCUGUAAGAAACCAAAAGAGACCACCGUACCCAGUUCGUUGCAAUCGCGUUCGACGGUAGAUAGUGAGACGCCGAGUGGUAGUGGUAUAGUGAAUACGAAAGCAUUUAAAAGCCUCUCGACACCGCGUAAGCGUACCUCGCAUGUGCGUACAUUAUCAUUCUCACCAAAGCCGACGGUUAGUAGUCGUGCUGCGCAGAAACCCACAUUGCGUCCUAAUCCCAUCGCAGAGGAUAACGAAGAGUUGGCCAACUCGGCUGAUAUAUCCGAGCGUCCGAUAAUCAAAAAUGUGGAGAUACUGCCAUCUUUAGGCGGGCCAAUUGACGCUAGUGCAAAUGAGAGCAGUAAUAGCUGUAGCGUGCCGCCGCUCUUUGUCACCGAGGAGAGUAGCAAUCAGACUGUCAUUAAAACCGAAUUGUCACUUGGAGACGUGUCUGCUGUAGAGCAGGCGGAUAAGUCUAAGAUACUAAACAAAAUAAAAUCGGCCGUCGCUGAUCACGCCGAUACACCGAAACGUAAACAGAUACGUAAAACUGCGGUGCGUGCGUGCAAGCGUCAAUUGUCGAAAUCCUCGGAUGAAUCCGAAACCAAACCGUCCCUUACAAAACAAACUGUAGAAAAUGAAGAAUCGCAAGAAAGUGCGCCAUUAAGCGAGCCACAGCUCACCGAGCAGAAGGUAGCCACUCUAAAAGACGACAAAAUGAUGGAGGAAUGGUUGCGUUUGCGCAAUGCUUCGAAUCGUGAUCUUGAUUCGCGUUUGCGCCAAAUAAAUGCCGAUCAACUUGCCGAUAUACCGAAAUCGGCGCGCAAAGAUAAGAGAACGCCAUCAAAACGACGUUAUUUACGGCGCAAACGUACAACAAUCUCUAAGCGCAUGCGCAAAAAGGUGCGUCGGGAGGCACACAAAAAAGCUGUGCUCGCCGAGAGUGAAGCCGACUUGUCGAAAAUUGAGGAUGAGCCUGAAGAAGUUGUCAAACCCGAUAUAAAAAUCGUGGAUAAAACACAACACGUCAAGUGUGCAACCGACAGCAAGCGCUUGAGCAAAGAACGCAAUAAAGAAUUCAAUAUCAAAAUUCCAACACCACAAAAAGAUAAACGCGAAUCCUUAACAAAAGCGAAGAGUGAAUGCGCGGAGAGCGACAAUGAGGAGUCACACGAAGCGGCUGCAAGUGAUGCACUCGAUAGUGCAGCCCAAACAAAUGCUGCAGCGCCAGUUGUGGAGAACGAAACUGUGCAUGGUCCGGAGCAGCACAUUGACAAGGAGCGCGAUCGUCGCACUGCAAAUAUUGCUUGUCUGCUGGAAACACCUUUUAAGGCGCCCACGUUGUUGGAUGAAAUCCCACCUACACCCGGUAAGCCGCCACACCCCUUAGACACGCCAGCGGCCAAGCUGCGUUCUGCUGAUGACGAUAUUCACCUUUCAACAUCUUAUCUCUUUGGUUCGCUUACCAAAAGCGAAUUGGAUACACCACAAUUAAGCGCAAUAACGCCAGGCUUCCGCUUCACACCCUUUGGUUCGAGUCGCGAUGUGACGCCACGCAGUGCAACAGCGCCAACGGAUUACUCCUCCGGCGGUUCGUACUAUAAACCGGAUGAGUCGGAAGAUUUGGAUCGAAAUUUUGAAAAACUUUUGAGAGAUUCAACGCAGAAGCAACGACAGGAAGAGGAGGAGAGAGCGCAACUGCUUGAGAAGCAUUUAAAUGCUGGGGAGGUUAAGAGUGCGCUCUUUGAGGAACAAAAACCGACAGUGGUUGAACCUAUCGAGCAACCAGAAGCAGAGGCAAUAUGUGUUGAAAUACCAGCUGAGAAACUGCGAGUGGAACCAAUCGUGCUGAAACGCGUAAAAUCAUUUGGCGCUGAAGGCGCGGAUAAUGCCGAAGCACCCUCAAACAUCGAUCCACAUUAUACGCUUGUCUCUGAGUUGCCUGAGAUUUGUGCUGAGGGCGAGUCUUCCAAUUCGUCUAGCACAGUCUCUACCUCGUCCUCAUCCUCAUCGCAAAGUUCCACAAGUAGCUCGAGUUCUUCAACGAACUCUAGCGCCACAACGCACCAUAAGGAGGCAGCAACGAAUGAAAAAGAAACGAAGAAAAAAGAUAGCAACUUGUCAUUAUCGCUAGAUAAUCUCUCAUCUAUAAGUAGUACGGAAGAUGAAGAGUGGCAGAAGUUGGCUGUCACCGAGGAAGAGAACUCACAGUUGGUAAGUAAUGAUGGAGAAGUACGUUACCCGGUACGUAGUUGGCUGACACCGAGCAAAGUGGAUCCGCAAGCUGCAGAUACACCACACGAGCAUGCACCAACGACGUCAAUCAAGGUAACUGUACCAUUGAAAUCCGCAGAGAAGAGGAAUCGCUUGGAUGAAGACUUACAGCAAAAGCGUGAGCGCAUUAUGGAGAAGCUGAAGCAAGAUGCCAACCAACGACGAGAUAAACACCCAGCAGCAACCGCAGCGCUGAGUGCGACACGCAAGAUUGCCACAAUGAGGGAGAAAGCAAAGAUUCUACCGGCAAAGGCAACAAUACCGCUCGCAGUAGCAACAACAAAAUUAGAAGCAAGUAAACCCAAACUGCUAGUGGAGGAGAAGCGCACAAUGGAAGUGCUAACCGCACUGCAGCUCUCCGCCAAAAAACAAGUUCCUCAGCAUACGGAUAGCGAGAAGGUGCGCAAACCGACAGCGGUGCCUCCAAUGGCCUCGCUGGACGACAAUGCAACCACGACGCUCUUCACACAAGCCACAACAACGUACGAGUUGACGGAGAAGACCGAACGUCUGCCGUUGAAGACACUCAUCUCGAAAGUGAAAGCCAAACAAAGGCAGUGCGUACAAAUUGAAGCGCUGCCGGCUUUGAAGAAGUCGCGCACCACCAGCUUGGGCCGCAAGAAGAUUGUGCGCAAACCGCUCGGCUUCAAGGGCACCAAUGCACCCGAAACUGUCUACGAACCCGACCAGUUGGAGGAAGUGAAAACGCCGCAUAAAGUAAGCACCAAAAGCGUGGCGGAAAAAGAAGAUAUGGGCGGAAAAAAUGUCAGUCCUGUGCCAAGAAUAAAAAUAAAAACACCAACAAGACUAACUGCCGAUCGACCCAGUUUACUGCGUGUGUCACCACGUUUGCUUGUAAACAAAAAGAGCCGGUUGAAGGAUGGUCAUGAAGACGACAAAGAGGAAGCAUCAGAGGAUGCCAUAGAAGCCAACAAAACCAAGAAGCCGCUGAAAACAACGAAGGCUAAGGCGGCAACCACGGCUAAGCGGUUGUUAGCGACUGCUAUCAAAAAACCACCUGUACGCACAAGAGUGACGAAAAGUAAAAAAACGGCAUCCAACGAUGUAUUAGAACCAAAAACAACAGUGGACGAGCAAAAGCAAGACGAGGAUGAGGUUAGAGACGAAGAACCAAGUGAGCUUAGCGAUAAGAAAGGACAGGAAAUCUUACAGGUUAAGCCUGAAAAAACUGAUAAGUCUGACACUAUCAAAAAAGUUGAAAAAUCAAAACCAGAAAAGAAAAAAGAUACCGAAAAAAAGGAAAAGGAAGCAAAACCCCUGGGUAAAAUGACCAAGGCAUCUAAAGUGCCUGCAGAGUCAGCCAAAUCCGAUAAAGAAACAGAAGAAAUAAAGCAAACAGAUGAGCAAGCAACUGUUGAAACGAACUCGGAGAAACAUCCGUCGAAAGAAACUACUGCCACGCAGAAAAGAAAGUCCAAAGAUGAAAUAGAAAUAGUAACUGUAUCAGAAGAUAUAGAAGAUAUGACGAAUCAAAGAUCAGAAGCGACAUCCAGCAGCAAAAUGAAUGACGAUGCAAGCGUAUCUAAUACAAAUACAAAAACAAAAGAAACUACACAAAAUCUACCGACGCAAAAAUAUAGUAUAACAGCAGGACAAGAAUCAAAUGUUGACAAAAUUGAUGUAGAUCAAGCAAUUGAAAAGGACAAUUCACCAAAAGAAACGGAAGCUGAAGAGAGCACACCAAACGCGGAUAGAGCUGAAGCGAAUAACGACAGCAAAACUUUACCCACAUCGACCACAAAUAUGGAGACUGAAGCGGCCGAAACUUCCGAAGAGGAUCCCAUGGAGGCUUGUGAACUAACGUCGGUUACGGAAGAUGAUCCAGUACGCUUUGUAACAGUUACCUAUAACGGUCCUGAUGUAGCGCCAGCAAAUCCUUUGCCACGACGAGAUUUUACAAACUUCAAAAUGGUCGUUGCCUUCGAUGAGGAAGAGAAACACAUUUGGCGCAUGACCGACGAAAUGGUGUUAUUUACUACAUCACCCUCAUCCCAACAAAUACGUAACAUUCCGAAAAAACGUAAGGUACGCAUAAAUACAUGUGGCGUUGAUCUGGAUAACAUCGCCACUGUAGGUGUAGUGCAUAGCACGACAACAACAACACAGCAAGUAACCACCUCAACUGUUAGCAGCUCUAAUGAAGCCAAACCAGCUGCAACUUCUACACCCAUCUCUGCGCCAGCCACUAGCAGCACACAAGAACCACGGAGGCGGACGAGACCAACAAAGCAUGUUGUCGCUGAUACGGAAGUUGCGAGUGGAUCGUCUGCGUCGGCGCCACCAACUCAAACAGCAACAACGAAUUCUGCUGGUCCUACAGAUGUGCUCCAAAUAGACGACAUUGAAUCGCUCCUUUCGCGUUUGCAUGGAAAAGAAAACUAACGAAUUUCAGAUUUCAGUAUAUACUUAAGUGUUCGCUUUAA